AGUUAGUCGCAGUCCGCAGCUAGAAACGGACGGAGACGGACGCGCGCGCGCGCGACUCACCUAUCAUCUCCGUGGCAGGAGAGCUGCCAAACUUCUGGCCGCAGGUUCGUCUGGCGUCGGUGCGGAGGACACGUGGAGCCCUGGUGAGUACGAGUGGGAGCCGCGGGGAUUCCGGUAUGGGAGCGGGCGGCUCUCUUUCAUUUUCGACUCCUCGGCCGACGUUUUGACACCGACGACUGCCUUCCUGGCUGAUGCAUUGCGAAUUCGUCGAGUACGUAAACCUCGUUGCUUCGGGUCAAUUCGAGAUCGGAACGAUGCUGUGGCUUGAAAAUGUCGACGGUGUUUCAUUCGGGGGUUGAGAUGACAGAGGAGUGAUAUUUCACGAAAGCCAACGGUGCAAAUAGGCUUUCGUAACGCCACGCAUCCACGCAUCAUCCACGCAUCGCGAUAAGCGCCAAACACAUACUUUGAUAAAUUGUCGCCUAGCCGAGAGUGGAUAACGUGGCGCGAAGGCGAGCCGUUGACAACCGGAUUAAUCCUGGCCAUGGAGGUACUGCUGCACGAGGCCAGCGCCGUGAGCAACGGCUCCGUCGGCUCGGAGUCUCGGGCCAACUGCUGCGCGAGGUCCUCGAGCCCCGGCCAUCAACAGGGCGUCAUCGAGGCCCCUUCUCGCAACGGUGAUAAGAACGGCACGCCCUUCUCCAAGACGAAGAACGACGAGUACAUGGACCUCAUGUUCGAGAACAUCACAUACACCGUGUCCCUCGGCCUGAGGAAAGGAACAAAGGAGAUUUUACACGGGUUGAACGGACGUUUGCCAUCGAAGCAGCUGAUUGCGCUGAUGGGGCCGUCGGGUGCCGGCAAAUCCACUCUUCUCGAUGUUUUGUCGGGAUUCCGCAUUACCGGCGUCCAAGGCAUAGUCUACAUCAAUGGUCGGGUCCGUGACUUGGAUUCUUUCCGCAGGUCCAGCGCUUAUAUUACGCAAGACGAUCGAUUGCAGCCGUUACUUACGGUCAACGAAAAUAUGCACGUGGCAGCCGAUCUUAAGCUCGGCACCGAUACUCCGAAAUACGAAAAAGAGACGAUCAUCGAGGAAAUCCUGUCGACCCUCGGACUUUACGAGCAUCUGCAGACUCUGGCCGGUCGACUGAGCGGUGGCCAGAAGAAACGGCUUUCUAUAGCCUUGGAACUCGUCAACAACCCGACGGUGUUGUUCCUCGACGAGCCGACGACGGGUCUCGAUAGCUCAUCCUGUACACAAGUGUGCAAUCUUCUCAAAUUGCUUGCACGCCAGGGUAGAACGAUAAUAUGCACAAUACAUCAACCAAGUGCCAUGAUUUUCCAGCUUUUUGAUCAGGUAUACGUGUUAGCGAAAGGUGAAUGUCUUUAUCAAGGUGCAACGCAUAAUUUAGUGCCGUAUUUGGAAAAUGUCAAACUUCCCUGUCCAAUGUAUCACAAUCCAGCUGAUUACGUAAUUGAAUUGGCAUGUGGUGAAUAUGGGGAAGACAAAAUCGAAACGCUCGUUCAGGGUACUCAAAACGGCAGGAGCCUCAAAUGGUUUAACAAUCCAAGUGCACUUUUGGAUGCCAAAUCCUUAAGAGCAAUUAAUCCGUUAAAAAGUAAUAAACAAAACGGUGGAAAUCGAGGACCUCAAGCAACAUCGCAAUGGAAUCAAAUAAAAGUCUUGUUGAAGAGAGGCGGCAUAAAAGUUAAAAGAGACUCUACACUCACGCAUUUACGAAUAGUCGUAAACAUAUGCACUGGUUUAAUGCUGGGAACGUUGUUUAUGAAGGCCGGAAACAAUGCCGAUCGCAUAAUCGAAAACUACAAUCUCCUGUUUGCCUGCCUCAUACAUCACAUGAUGACCACCAUGAUGUUAACGGUCUUAACCAUCCCAGCAGAGAUGAACAUUUUGAAGAAGGAACAUUUCAAUCGUUGGUACAGCUUGAAAGCGUAUUAUAUGUCAGUGACGGUUGUUGACAUUCCCGUGAUGAUUAUCGGCUGCCUAUUCUUCACCGUCAUUGUCUACUUCAUGUCCGACCAGCCACACGACAUCGUUAGAUUUUCCAUGUUCUUUGGAAUCAGUCUGCUAGUGGCUUUCGUCGCCCAAAGCUUCGGGUUCAUGAUUGGCUCGAGCUUCGACGUUGUGAAUGGGACAUUCUUAGCACCCACACUCUCCGUACCAAUGAUGAUGUUUGCUGGAUUUGGGGUGUCUUUACGAGAUCUUCCAAACUAUUUAUACUGGGGAACGUACAUUAGCUAUUUGCGAUAUGGUCUCGAAGGAUACGUGAACGCAAUUUACGGCUUGAAUCGACAGACUCUUGCGUGUCACAACGAUGACCUUGACUUCUGCUUUUACAAGGAUCCACGGAAAUUCGUAAAGGAAAUUAUCGCGAUGAGCGACGAUCAAUUCUGGAACGACAUCGCCGCCCUCUCCUUUAUCGUCCUCGCCAUGCGCAUCGUCGCCUAUUUCCUUUUGCGUUGGAAACUUCUGUCCUCGAGAUAGGAAGAUUCCCAUCUCAUAACAAAAAACCCGCUCGCAUGAUGUACUAUUGUGGGAAUUCCGUCGUUCGAGGCUGCACCGUAGCGGUCGACGAUGAAACGGAGACUGGGGGACUAUUAAGCACAUUAACGAACGAAAAUUUGACAAUUCCCUCGGGCCGUUAACCGAGAAUAGAAAGGUUUUGCAACGUGUGCCAUAUGUAGUUAUGAAAUUUGUCGACAUUGUGAUGUUAGAUGUAGGGAUGAUUAUUAGAAAAACUGCCCCAAGCGCACUGUGAAGAGGGAUGCGAAAG